CAUUUGCCAACUUCGCGGAGCUGAAAGCUUCAGCCGUUUCCCCUCGUCACCCUUGCUAUGCGAUAUAGAACAUAAAAGACGGAAACAUGAGCUAAAGUGCGUAUACCGUGAAAUUAAAUCGGCAGAAGAGCAGCAUUAGCUUGACCAUGGCUGAUGAUUAUGCCAUUAUUGAUGAGGAUGAGGUGAGGGAGAUCAGGGAUGCACUGGAAAACCAGACCUUGACUUCAGCCGUGGCUAAGAUCCAGGACUACUUUGAGCAGAUUGACCGUGUGGAACUAAAUAUUGCCAUCACAGGAGAGUGUGGCUCUGGCAAGUCCACCUUUGUCAAUGCAUUCCGGGGUCUGGGGGAUGAAGAUGAGUGCGCAGCUGAAACCGGCGUGGUUGAGACCACCAUGGAGCCAGCCGUGUACCCCCACCCUAAAUAUCCCAAAGUCAAAGUGUGGGACCUUCCCGGGAUUGGGACACCCAAUUUCAAAGCAGACGAGUACCUUGAAAAAGUAGAAUUCAAACGCUAUGAUUUCUUCAUCAUCAUCAUCUCAGAACGUUUCAAAGUCAACAAUGUGCUGCUGGCCACAGAGAUCCAACGCAUGAAGAAGAGGUUCUACUUUGUUCGCUCAAAGAUUGACAACAGCAUACAUGCAGAGAAAAGGAAGAAGGACUUCGACGAGGACAAAACCCUCAGUAUAAUUCGGGAAGACUGCAUGAAAGGUAACGGGUCAAUGUGA